AUGAACCUUCUAUAUUUAGCAAUUUUCUUAUUUAUUGGUAAAGCUACAAGCAAAGCUGAUUAUGAGAGCAAACAUGUAUUGGGAUCAUUGGUAUUUCUUAGUUGUGUUGAUGGACAAAAAACAAACAAAGAUGGAUCAUAUAUUGGUCAAGAAUUUUGGAGCUCGAUACUUAAGUACAAACCAGAUGCUUUAUUUUGGAUUGGAGACUCUAUUUACACAAAAUGCAGUCAUCCAGAGUGUAUAAAACGGGGUUACUCAAUACAGAAUAGCAACAAAGAAUAUCAAGUGAUCAAAAAAAGUGGUAUAUAUAUAGAUGGUACAUGGGAUGAUCAUGAUUAUGGUAUUAAUGAUGGAGACAAACAUUUUGAAUACAAAGAAACCAGUCAACAGCUAUUUUUAGAUUUUCUCUCAGUCCCUACAAAUUCACCCAGGAGAGAAAGGAGAGGUGUUUACUCUUCACAUGUGUUUGGAUCAAGUCCUCAAAAACAGGUCAGGAUCAUACUACUAGACACUAGGUACCAUAGAGAUAGCACUUUUCUAAAAUAUAGAUAUGGUAUAUCUUCAUAUUCUGAAUAUGAUUAUGCUAUAACAAGUAUGUUUGCAGCAUCCUUAAGAUUUUUUUGUUCAUAUUUAGGCUUAGGUAGUAGCUACGAGGGUGAUAUGCUAGGUUAUGAGCAGUGGAAAUGGCUUGAAGAAGAAUUAAGUAACUCUGAUUCCGCAAUAAAUAUCAUAGUAUCUUCAAUACAAGUCUCAAAUAGGUACCCUUUUGUAGAGUCUUGGGGACAUUAUCCAAAAAGUAGAGAAAGACUUUUCAAACUUCUUAAAAAAUCCAAGCCCAGGGGACUUCUAUUUUUAUCUGGAGAUGUUCACUGGGCAGAAAUAUUUGGUAUUAAAGAUAAAUAUGGUGGAGCUAUUGAAAUUACUUCAAGUGGUGUUACACAUAGUAUAAAAUCAGACAAUUUAAUUAAUCAUAUAUUUCUUUGGUUGACAAUGCCAUUUUACUCAAACUCAGUAGAUAAAUACAAAUCACGCUACACAAAUAAAAAUUUUGGGAAGUUAGAUUUCAACUUCACUUGUGAAAUAAUGGACAAUAAAGAAAUAUGUUCACAAGCAAUAAUUAAAAUAACAAUACAUGAUACCUUUGGGAAGCCGCAACUUGUAAAUGAAGUACAUGUAAAUUAUAACGAUACAUCAAGAUUACUACAUUUAAAUUCAAUACCAUCUAUUAUUUCUUCUAAGCCAACUAAGAUACUAGUAGCAAGACUAGUUAUCAUAUUAAUUUGCUUCUUAUUUUCAUUGCAAACAGCUACAUUAGCAUUUUCAAUUUUUCAUUUAUUGAUAAGAAGUUUCAUGAAACAAGUAUUUAGAAGUAAAGAAAGACUCAAGACCAACUAG